GCGGGUGGGAGAGGAGCGAAGGAAAAGGCUGGCAUCAGACUGAGAGGCAUGGAACCCCAAGGACUGCAGAGUGGCGGCCAGCUUGUUGUGCCACUCGCGAGGAGCCUGCUUGAGGCCAUAAACCGGGCGGCGGAGCUCCCAGACUGUGUUGGCAGGGAAGGCUGCAUGAAAGCCUGGAGGCCGCCGCAAGAGGACCCGCUCCUGGAGCUCGCCUUGCAGGAAGGCCGGGCCGUCUUGGUGAUCUCACGAAUGCGACUCUCAGCAACACCGUUCUGCUGAGGGGAGUGGGGAAGGGUAUGAGUCUGCAGGAUGCCAUGGGUUGAGCAGUAGGAGGAGAGGGUGCGGUUGAGAAACUCACCACCGCCGUCGGAAUGGAGGCGGCGGAUGGGGCGACCAAAGUGGACUCGGCACUGCUCGGCCCAGGGAGGGAGGUGAGGGUGCCGGCGUCUUUGAGGGCAGUUUCAGUGGCACCAGUAUCGAGAACAAAGUCAAUCGUGAGCGAGGAGGGAGCUGAAGACACGGGGUACUGGAAAUCACUGGCAUUAAAAACAGAGGGAUACAUGGAAGUGGAAGCAGGGGAAGAACGCAUGAGCUCGCCUAGAAAGCUCGAGUGGGAGGCGGGAGCACUAGGGGAAGGAGAGCCCCAGAGGGGAAAGCCAGGAGGACCUGGCGCGACGACGCUCAGCAAAUCGCGCAGAGUCAGCGGCAUAAGCGGCGGCGGUAGCGGCAUGCUGGGUGCGGAGGGUUGCCGACCGCUCGUGUUCCUCCAACACGAUCAGGUAAUCAGUAUGGAGCACGAGGAACUCACGACGCUGAGUAAGGAAGAGCUGCUCAACUUCAGCGGUGGCAGCGCGAGUGCUGGUGCCAACGGGUACCAUGGGGGGCGGAGGUUCCUCGCCGGGAUGGGGAAUGAGAGGGGGGGGAUCGCCAGGGUGAGGCGGCGGGUCCCCAAGGUCGCCCUCUGGGAGACCAAGCAUGAUGUCCAGGAGGCGGAACGGCAGGACAUAAGCACUGCCGAGGACGCGGUGGAGGCUGCCGACGAAGGAAUACCAGUUGGUUGCUGAGUUGUCGGCAGCGCGCACGAGAUGAUCGAGGGUCGA